UUGGAGCUGUGGAGUUGAAAGAUGUUUUCGAUACUAUUGAAGAGCAUUUUGGCACAAAUCCCACUGCAAAAAACAUCCACGUCAUCGUUCAACCGCCUCCGCCCGUCACCAGUGCUUCGUCGAUGCACAACGAAGUUAAGAUUGAAGUUAAAAAUAAAGUUUUAAAGGCCUUCUCACACAUAAACCCUAAUUCAGUUGACGGGAUUGUUGACGUGCUCUCCUUGAUUUGGAACGUUGAGGAAGUUGAGGAAGUGGAAAGUUACUCUUCAAGUUCACAAAAUGACCCGUGCGCUAAACUGAAGAUGAAACCCUCUUUUUUCAAAAUAAAUUUGCCUGGCACCAUAACAAAAAAUGCUUCUCAAGAGGUAGAUCUGUGUCUCCCUCCACACGAAUCGGAAUCUGGAAUGAAGUAUAAUCCCUUUUACGAUGAUACGAGUUACCCGAAAGACAUAACCGUUCUUACUGGGGUUUCAGGAGGUGGAAAAACAUCAACAGCAUUUGGUAUCUCUAUACAACAUUGGUCAAUAUAUGUUGAUUUUUCUACUAGUGGGGGACAAUAUGGUGAUUUUAUGGGUCCGGAGCUUGAAAGUAUCAGAGCUAAACCACCAAGGUACGGUGAGUACCAAACUAGUGAACAGAUUGAAGUAUUUAACAUGCUGGACCUAGCGAUAAUCGCGCGCGGACUUUUACUUAUCAAGAUGCUUGUUCAGGAAAGAAUUUCAACGCCAAAGGAAUGGCUAUUUGAACAGCUUCAAAUUGAUAUAAAUUAUAUCGGAGCAAUCAAAGAUAUCUUGCGUAAUGUAAAUUAUAUUUCCGUAUUUCGUUAUAUCGUCGAAUGUCUUCAUGUGAAAUCUCUAAUCUUAAUACUUGAUGAAGCGCAAGUCCUUUGUAGAACCGGAUAUGGAAAAUACAAUGGGAGUUCAAAAUCGAAUAAAAAGUGGAGUCUCUUGCAGGCUUACGUUGAACAUCUUACGCACCGUCCCGUUACCUGCCUUAUUGCCGGCACUUACUUGCAUAUGGCAACAGGAAUUCCUCUUGUCGCUAGUAUGGGAAAACCCCAAAGUUUGCAUGCUCAUAUUGUGCUAAAGCUUCUCUUUCUUUCACAUGAUGAUGUCCUGCGGAAUCUCGAAGCUGUAAUCGACCUGACAGAUGUUACACCUAAAACUCGCGACAUCUUUGGAUAUUUCCUCAGAGGACGACCUCGAAACUGUGCAUCAUAAUCGGAAACCAACGAAUAGAACGAAAGAUCAAGAGAUGCGAGUACUUAUUCGUUUGUGGUUUGAAAAGAUGAGCACUGAUAUAGCAGAUUAUUUGGAAGACGCAUGUAACUAUGUGGGUGCAGAUAAUU